AUUUUCACGCCAAGUUCUCCGUUUGUAAAGCGAACAAGAUAAAGUAGGCUCACAACGCUCCCUCCUGGUGAGCAUGGCAACAACCCCGCUUCACUUCUCUUCCUUCCUGCCUCUCCUCUCCCAUCCCCACAAGCUCUCCUUCCGCUCCCUCUCCAAAACCCUAGAUCCAGCGCUCACUCCCUGCCGGCCCACCCCGAUCUGCUGCAGGGCUUCUCCUCAGACGCCGGAAGACUCCGUCGAGACCAAAGGGACCGGCGCCGCUGCCCCUACUCGCGGCGACGUCUACCUUGAGCGCCAGCAAGCUACGUCUGCGACCGCUUUCGUUUUGGAGAAGGACAAUCAGGACAAGUCGAGGAGGAAGAGGAAGGUCGGUGCCAAGUUUCCUAACAAAGCCGCUUGCUGCUACGGCUGCGGAGCUCCGCUCCAGACCGCGGAGAUCGAUGCCCCCGGUUAUGUCAUCGCUGAGACCUAUGAGUUGAAGAAGAGGCACCACCAACUUAGAACAGUUCUCUGUGGCAGAUGUAAGCUUUUGUCUCAUGGACACAUGGUAACUGCUGUGGGUGGGCAUGGUGGUUAUCCCGGCGGCAAACAAUUCAUUUCUGCUGAAGAGUUACGGGAUAAGCUCUCUCAUCUACGACACGAGAAAGUACUUAUUGUUAAAUUAGUUGAUAUUGUUGACUUCAAUGGCAGCUUUUUGUCUCGAAUACGUGAUCUUGCUGGUGCUAACCCUAUUAUAUUGGUCAUAACUAAGGUUGACCUCCUGCCCAGAGGCACUGAUCUAAAUUGUAUUGGUGAUUGGGUUGUUGAAGCUACUACUAAGAAGAAGCUCAAUGUUGUUAGUGUUCAUCUAACUAGUUCAAAGUCUUUGGUGGGGAUCACUGGGGUUAUAUCAGAGAUUCAAAAGGAGAAAAAGGGCCGAGAUGUCUAUAUUCUGGGUGCUGCAAAUGUAGGGAAGUCUGCAUUUAUCAAUGCUUUGCUCAAGCUAAUGGCAAAAAGGGAUCCAAUUGCUGCAGCUGCUCGGAAGUACAAACCAAUGCAGUCAGCUGUUCCUGGGACAACACUGGGGCCUAUUCAAAUUGAAGCCUUUCAAGGAGGAGGGAAUCUGUUUGAUACACCUGGUGUGCACCUUCAUCAUCGACAAGCAGCAGUAGUCCAUUCUGAUGAUCUACCUUCUCUUGCACCUCAAAGUCGUCUAAAAGGACAAUCAUUUCCUAUUACCUCAAAUGGAACAGCCACUGGUCAGGAAACUGUUGGUUUAAAUGGGUAUUCGUUAUUUUGGGGAGGCCUUGUUCGAAUUGAUGUUAUCAAGGUUCUUCCAAAGACACGGCUGACCUUUUAUGGACCCAAGAAACUAAAGGUUCAUAUGGUUUCAACUGUUGUAGCAGAUGAGUUUUACCACGAACAACUUGGAAUCACAUUGACACCUCCGACAGACAGAGAAAAAACUGAAUCUUGGAUAGGUCUUCAAAUAGUAAAGCAACUGAAUAUAAAGUUUGAAGAUACAAGAAGGCCUGCCUGUGACAUCGCCAUAUCAGGUUUGGGAUGGAUAGUAGUUGAACCAAUUGGCGGCUCAGAUACUCCUCAUGAGACAGAUUCAGAGCAGGCAGGGGAACUGCAUCUAGCUGUGCAUGUGCCGAAGCCAGUCGAGGUCUUUCUACGACCUCCAAUGCCUGUUGGUAAAGCAGGUGAAGAGUGGUACCAGUAUCAAGACUUGACAGAGAAGGAAGAAGAGUUGAGACCUAAAUGGUUUUAUUGAACUUUUGCUCUCUUUUCUUGGGCUAAAAUUUGUUAGUGUCAACUCUUGUUGCUUCCCCAUGAUGUUUGUAAAUUAAAAGAUGAAUAGCAGCUUUUUGUCGGGUUGGUCAUCAUCGCUAAAGCGGCAUUAGUUGUGACUAUUUGAGAUCAGCUACAUGAAAAUAAAUCCAACAUCUGAUAUAUUAUGGUGAACUUAUAUGUUAUUGUAAAAUGAAACAUUUAUGUUCAA